AUGACCGACGCGGAGCAGUACGUGUCGGCGAGCGCCGGGCAGCGCCAGUUCGCAGCCCAGGUGCUGGACGAGCUCUGCUCCAGCCUGGACUGGUCCCACUGGCUGGAGCGUCCAGAGUCCAGCAUCCUCCCUGUGCUGGACGUGGGCUGCGGCCCUGGAGACACCACGGUGCUGGAGCUGGUGCCACGCCUGCCCUCCGCCGUCCGCGUCGUCGCCGCGGACUCCUCCCGUGACAUGCUGCGCAAAGCCGCUUCGAGGUUCCCCGAGUCCACAGUCGACUUCCAGCUUCUCGACAUCGGCACGCCGUACCUCCGGGAGUCCGAGGUGUGGCGACUGGGCCCCUACUCCAAGGUCUUCUCAUUCUUCUGCCUGCACUGGGUGCCAGAUCAGAGGACUGCGCUGUCCAACAUUUGCGACCUGCUUGCCCCUGGAGGUGACGCCGUGCUGGUCAUGGUCGGCCGUUGCCCGAUCUUCGACGCGUACGAGCAGUUCUCCAAGAUGCCGCAGUGGGCCGAAUACAUGCAGGACUACAAGAAUUUCGUGUCGCCGUAUCAUCUCCAGCUCGACCGCGUGCAGCACCUGAGAAGCUUGCUGGUUGAGAGCGGCCUCACAGUGAAGACGUGUCGUGAGGAGAAUGACUUCGCCUUCUCUUCCCCACACCAGCACGAGAUUAUAGACUCCUUGAAGGCGGUGAUCCCGUUCACGGUGAGAAUGCCUGCAGCAGUACGAGAGACCUACCUCCAGGGGAUAGUCAGUGCUUGCUACGCCAACGGGUCACUCAGCGUCAAACCUGGGAUAGGUUUAGAAGAUUUUGGUAUUAUUAAUACAUCUUCAUCCUACACACUGAUCGUCUUCCCAAAGCUGUAUAGUAUGCAACUCAUUGGAAUCCUGCUCUCCGACUAA